UUUUCCCCCCAACCCCCAACUUUGCGCAGGCGCUUGCCGGAUUGGUUAAGAGCCGUGUGAAUAGCACGAAGCGUGCCGCGUGCUCCCGGAUGCGCGCGUAUUCCGGAGCUUCCGGGGUCCUCGAGGCAAGCGCCUCAUAUGGUCGAGCGCGACUUCCGGUGGGAGGACGGUUGGUGAAGCUGUGGAAGUUAACGGUCUUAGGCCGUUGAUACUCCGGAAAGCUGGCUGACAUUAAUCGGGCCUCGGGCCCUUCGGCGGGCAGUGUGGCAGGUGCUGAUGACAGAACAGGUCUGUGUAGUGGCACUUUUUCCUCCCUUGAACUUUCUUGCCCCUCGGUUGUGCGCGAAAAACCGCUGAGAUACGGUUUGGUUUGACGGUUGGGAAGCUCCGGGGCGGAGCGGGGAAGGGGGGGCGGGGCCGGACAGGAUUUGUCCUGAGGGAAGGAAAAGAACUUGAUUUUCGGGAUCGCGGUGAGGGGGUGGUUCGGGGUGGUUCCCACCUCCUGUCCCGGAGAGCCACGGUUAUGUGCUUUUGAGAUUUGGCGGCUUUUUGAGUACUUUGUGCUGACUUUCUGAGAGAAGUAGUUCGUUUUCCGUCCGUUCGCUGCCUCAGCGAAGGUGUGUUGGGCGGGGGCGCGGGGCGCGGAGCGAGGAACUACCAAGACUUUGAGACUUUAUAUAGAAUUUUGAGUUUAAAGAACUGAUGAACUAGCGAGUUGAUUCGUUGGAACAUUUUUUUGAGAUUGAAACGUUGAUUUUGAGGCUUUGUUGGUAACCUCGUUUGAUCAAUGACCGUGCAGUCUUCCUGGUUUAUUGCAUAUAGAAUAUAUAUGUAUAAACGCCGAGGCAAAAGAAAGUAAAGGCAUGAUUGUUUGAUAACUUCGUUAGUGAUCGCUUCGUUCCCUCCUCUCGCUCUCCCCAAAUUAGGACUGCUCUAGAGUUUUAAACUACGUUAAUAUUUACAAACAGUGACUUUACAAGCAGUUUUUCUUCAUGGCGUUCCAUAAAAACAGGAUAUGGUCUCGAUUCAGUGCUGGGUGAUGGGAUACAGUUUGGGCGGCAUUAUCUUCCAUCGGGCAACUUUGUGGUCGCUUAAGUUCGAUACGGACAGUAGAGUAGUUGUCGGGUGAAACGCUGUUUUUGAAGCCUUAACAUUUUCAGUCAGUUGAUGAGAUAAGUGAAUGCUUUGGAACUUUGGAAGCUGAAUCUUCAAAUGACUUUUUUGAAAAAUGCCUUUGAAAUGCCUUUUUAAAAAUGCCUUUUAAAAAGCCUUUGAGAUGCCUUUAAAAAUGCCUUUUUAAAAGCCUUUUUAAAAAUCAGAUGGCUUCUUGUUCUUAUGUUAUCAAGAGUUUAGGUUUUCUGUGAUAAAAUACAAACGAGCUUCAUUUUAAGUAAACUCAUUUUGCGGGAUUUUGAGUUUAAUGAGUUAUUUUAAUUAGUUUUGCAUAAUCCAGUCAUGAUUGGGCUCUAAGAAAUUGUUGCAGAAACUUUUUUAUGAAAAGAAGGGAAAGGAACUAAAAUUGAUGCUGUGCUUGCUGUGAACCAGACAUGAUACUCAGUGCUUAACUGUAUGAUUUGUUCUUAAACAGCUCUGUGAAGUCGAAAUUAUUCCAACUUCACGAGUUUAGAAAUUGAGGAACAGAGAGGUUAAAUACCUGCUUGAAGCAAAAUAGCAAAAUUUGCAAUUUGGAUAUGGAUUAAAGUAUUUUUAAAGUCCAGUACUUUGCAUUAUGUCCUGGUGUUUAAAAUUUGUUUACUAGAAAUUGUUGUGUAUCUGCAGUAUACAGGUGCAAUGUGAAUGAAAAUUACAUGUUUUGACCCUGAGUAUUUAUUGUCCGUGUGCUCCAUGACAAAUAGUUCUUUUGGGAGGAGGUUAUGAAUACCCAAAUAAUGAAAUAACAGUUGCGAACAGUGGGUGCCUUUGCUAUGCCGGUCGUGAUGGUGAGCGCUUGACGUGUAUUAAUUCAUUUAAUCCUCAUAACUCCGUGUGAGGUCUGUACUAUUAUCGCCAUUUUACAGAUUUAAAAAAAAAAAAAAAGCACAGGGAAGUCACGUAACUGAUAAGUGGAGGAGCUGGGAUCUAAAACUGAGGUAUUCUGGCCCCAAACCUAAGGUCUUUAGGCUGUUUGAUGUUUCCUUUUCAGUAACGAUGACCUCAAAAGCAUUACUGUGUGAGUGUUCUGGUACUUUGGGGAAAGCAGUGUCACUUUUGGAUGGGAUGACUUAGCACCUUUGCUUUGUGGAGAUGGACCUUGAGUUGAGCUUUGAAGUUGAAUAGGUUUUCCUAGGUGGAGAACCAGCAGGGUAUUGUGGGUAGAGGUCAUGACAGGAGUGAGAGGUUCAAAGAGUGCAACAUUGGUGAUUUAUAAAUGUGCCACAGAGGUAGAAAUGUCUGGAGUCUAGUCGUGGAUUCAAUGACUGCUGCAUCUGUGUCUAACUACAGCCAAGUUUGGGCUGCAGUGUAAUUAUCCAGUAGAGAAUUGUCUGAUUUUAAGAGUCUAUAACGGUGGUGGCAAACUUUGUCUAUAAAAGGCCAGAAAGUAAAUAUUUUAGGCUAAGAACAAGGGGACAAGUGGUAUAAGGUGAUCUCACUUGAAGGUGUGGAGACUUCUGACUGUGUAAGGACCAUGGAGGCUAUUGUAGGAGUUCGGGUUUUAUUUUGAUAAUGUUAGAGAAGGGAUUCCAGGUGGUUUUAAUAAUGAGUAAGUAAAGCCUAUUGAUUCUGGAGCCAAACGGUACCAGUUACUAGCUAUGAGACCUGGAUAAAUUAUUUAAAUUUGCUUAGCCUCAAUUUUCUCUUAAGAAAAAUGGGGAUAAAAUAACAGAGCCUGCCCCACAAGGUUGUCAGGAAUACUAAUGAGUUAACAAGUGCUUAGAACCUUGCCUGGCACAGGGUUGGCUAUAAAAUCUGUUCGGUAUUACUAUCUGUACCUUGUGGUAUAUUCUAAAUUUUCUAUAGUAAAACAUAUGUAAUGAAAAAUUACACGUAUAAAAUAUCAAACAAAAUUGUUAGAAAUACAAUGAGAUUAUAGGAAAUAGUAUCAGAGUUGGGAAAUUUGAAUUCAAUAUUCUUACUCCUUGAGAGUUCAGGUAGAGGUGCGAGACUGCUCCACAGUGUUCUUUGUAGAUAUCUGUUAACUGGGGACUGCUUACGUAGAUCAUGGCCCAUCUGCAAGAUAGAAAACGAGAUGAGUGACUACAGUAUAUCUAAAGGAGUAGGUGGUUUACCAGCCCUGGGUGACCAGGCAAUUUCACAAAUAAACCCACCAGCAAGUUUAAAUACAAGUAGGGCCCACUCCGAGGAGGUGGAAUGCUGCUGUUGCUCAAAAAAGAUGUCUAGCGGCUCCAGUGAAGCUGAUGUGAUAAGAACACGAAUACCUGCUUAUGAUGAUGAUAACACUGUUCUUUAUGCAUAUGAACCAAAUACUGCAUAUGUCAAUAAUCAGGAAACCGUGAUGUCUGACACAUCCUACAAUGAAGAACAACAAAAAACUAUUAUGGAUGUCCUCAACCAUUGUCAGGUCAUCUAUGAUGCUAUUCAAAACCUGGAUAAGAAAUUUGAUGUCAUUCAUGGAAAAGUUUCAAAAAUCCACCGCUUUCGUGUGAAAUCACUGUGGCAGAAUCGCAAGCCACUUGGAUAUGCUUAUAAAAAUUAUAAUUACCUGCUUUCCAGAAAGAUCAGAUUGCAGAAAAUGAGGAAGAAGGAACCUCCUUCUUCAUUCUCUUACCCUGAAAGUUAUAGCCCAACUAUGCCGGUGGAAAGGCCCCCAAAUGAUUCCCCGAGCAAUCCUAUAGGAUCACCCUACCAUUCAGAGGUGGGGUCCCCAGAACGGGAUCCAGAGUCAUACCUCCAGGAGCAGGAGCCGAAUCUGAGCCAGAGUCCAACACUUCCCUCCGUGUAUUCAUCACACUCAUACCAGCCAUAUUUCACACCUGAUGAUCCAAUUCAGGGCUCCUCUACCAUUGUGCCCUACUAUCCCAGCCCAGGGCCCAAUACCAGCCACAUGUUCUCACCUACUCGAGCUUGUACAGUAGCACCCGGAUCCAUUCUGGGUCAAGGUGAGCCCAGUCCGACGCAUAACCCUGAGAUGAUGACUUACCCAGCUCUAAUGGAAAAUAAGUGCCUCGGCCAUACUGCCUCAUCUCUUUGUAUCCCGCCCAACUUUGCUACAAGUUCACCAAUUGGAACUGAGCCAGGUAUCCUAAAACAAAGCUUCUCGGAUGACCCUUCAACCUGGUCUGUGGAGGAAGUGAUCCAGUUUCUGAAACAAACAGAUCCUCAGACACUCAACCCCAUUGCUGACCUUUUCAGGCAACAUGACAUUGACGGAAAGGCUCUGCUACUGCUUAAGAGUGACAUGAUGAUUAAGUACAUGGGGCUGAAGCUGGGGACAGCCGUGAAGUUGUGCCACUACAUUGAUAAGCUUAAAGAAGAAAAAUUCUUUGUCAACUGAAAACAUGUUUGUGUCAAUUUAGCUCUAUCUUCAUUCAGGGGAGACCAGUGCCAUCUUGGUGUAAAAUCAUUUUUCUGCCCUUAGAAGUUUUUGUUGUGUAGAAGGUUCUUCUAAAACUAUGUUCUGUCCAGAAUUUCAGAACUCCACUAUAGUUUGGUCUACUCUUUCAGAAGCCAUUUAACAUGUGAGUGUUGGAAGUUUGUUAGAUUGGGAGUUUUUUCUUUAUAUCUUUUUAUUAUUUUUAUUGCAUAGUUUACAAUUGUACUUCACACAGGAAACAGAAACACCUCUAAUUUCUGUUCAUCUUUAUCUAAGGAACCAAAACAGCUGAAUCCCAAAGAGAAAAUGUCAGGGCCUGAAAAGUUCUCUAAUAAGUCCAUGGAUUUUCCUUAGAAGAAAACUUAAAGAUGCAGCUAUAGAUAGCAUCUUUCUAAAAUCUUUUAUGUUUGUUACUGCAAGCUUCUAUUCAUAUUCUACCAGCUUCCCAAAAGGGAAAGCCAUAUAAAGUAUUUUCCUUUCUGUUAUUAUUUCUAUAUAUGUUGUAUUUGUUUCUAUUUAAAGAAAAAAAAAGGCAACCUUACAAGCUUUCUUAAAGUAUUUUUACCAAAUUUUAGAUAAAUUGUUAGAACGGUUAUUUUAUGCAAGAGAUACUUAGUUUACAACUUAACAUAUUUUACCUAAGCUUGGACAUUUCACUAGGCACUCAUUGUUCCCAUCUCUCUAUAAAGAUGCCUAUGUCCAAAUUUUUGAAAGAUAAAAUUUUAUUGUCUGUGUUCAUAAUGAUACUGUUUCAUAUUUAUAUUUUAUUCUAUAGCUGAAGUAUACACACAAGUAAGUCUUCUUUUUGAAUUUAAGGAUAGCACUUUGCACUUCACAGAGGUAAAGAUGAACUAUAUCCAGUGAGAUCUUUUUAUUCUGUUAAAAAUAUUCACAUCAUCUGCCAUCACUAGUACCUCUCAGCUGACUCUUCAGCGUUUCCAUACAGGGAAGCUCUCUGUCCUGUGCAAUGUUUCUAGUUCAUUUGCUUUCUGAGCCAUUUAUCCUACUAAACUUUGAAAACUACAUUAGCUCUGAUUUGUCAUUUUGGACUUUAUUUUAAGAAUUAGAAAAUUAGAAUGUUCAAGUGAAACCUGUUCAUUGUUUUCUUAUUUAUUACCUUUUUAUGUUAUAUAACAUUUGAUAUAAUAUUUAUAAGCUGUGAGAAUUGGUGCUAAGUGUAUUAACCAUUUGUUAUAAAUGCCAAUAAAAUGUUCACCAGGGGCAAAAAUAUACAUCUUCCUUUUCAAAAACCAAGUGUGCUUUAUAAACAAAUGCAAUUCUUUACUGGGCAUAUGUGACUUAAAAGCAUCUUGUUAAAAGGUGCUUUUAUUUAUGUUACUCAUUUAUGUUGUUUCUUGUAAGACAAGAUUCUAUUUUCAACUUGAUCUUCUCUCAAAUUGUGUGAAGAUGCUGUGCCCAGUUGAACAGUCCUCAGGUGUUUAUAUGAAUACUAUGUUUUACAGUUUUCAGAUUUUAAAAUACAAUAAAGUUUUAAAACCACAAUAA